CUGUAGGAUCUGCUGGCUGUGAAACAGGCUGGUGGUUUCAGUUUAACGCCCUGUGCUGCAGCUCAUGGGAGCUGUUGAAUGUCACAUGUAUCUCUGCAUUCUUGUUAGUACAAUUGGUGUUUUCUUGUGUUCAGACAGAUUUUGUUAGCCAUACGAAUAAUCGCUGUGGAAUUACUUGGGCUUUUACAGAAACGGCUGAUGAAGGAGGAGGGAGCGCUGAAAAUGUAGCCUAAUGCUGCUGCCCAGGGCUGCGUGGUGGCGUGAUACACCCUGAAAAAAUGGGAGUGUGGCCUGAGAGGUGCCUGCCGGUGGCUGCGAGCUGGUUUGGGUCAGGGCUGUCCUUCCGCUCAGUGCUGGGCGCUGUGAUGCUCCGUGUCUGGAAAUCCACGCGGUGCUAGUGAAUGCCCAGAUGUAGGGAGUGUUUCAGAGAAACUUCACUUCUGUAAUGGCAGUGAGGGCUUCUUGUGUGUGUUGACGGGAGCUCGGCCUCUGUUUGGACAGGCUGUUCUCCCUCCAGCCUGUGUCCUUGCUGGAAGGAUUGCGUGACGGACCGACUGUGUCCCCGCAGAGUGCUGCGUCGCUGGAAAUGUGCAGCUUGUGUAUGGGCAGUAACCAACCUGCCAGCCUGUGGGGAACACUAGACCUUAACUGGCUGUCCUCGAAACGGUGGACUCCAGUAGCUCUCCUGCGCUUGUGCAGUAAGCCUCGCGUCUCUGUGAGAGCCACGCAACUGGAUUAUGCGUGGGACGCGAGGGACUGUAAGAAAGAUAAUAGCUGGAAGUGGGCUGCUGGGUUAUAUAACCGCGUUCUGAAUCCUGCCGUGUCGGUGCGCCCCAGUCCUGCCUGGGGUACAGGCUGAGUUGGGUGUCCUGGUGGGCUGCACGCAGGUGGAGCCUUCCUGGUGUAGAACGUGCUGCUUUGCGGCUCCACCAAAUGUGACUUUUCAACCUCAUUUCUGUUUGUGGUGGACCUUCUCAUGGCAGGUGGCAAUAGCGUUUGCUUCCUUUAUGCUUGUGGGCUGUGUAGAAUAGUGGCUUCCAGUGGACACAGCUUUACGCCUGUCUUUCCAAGAAAUAUGUAUGCAUGCAUAUAAAAUCAGCUGAAGAUCGAAAAGGAUGGCCACCUCUAAAAACAGCCUUGGAUAAAGAGGGAUGACACAUCAUUCUUACCGUUCCUGAUUCCAAAGCAGAUCACAGCAGAUAUGGCUCGUGGACAGCAGAAGAUUCAGUCGCAGCAGAAAAAUGCCAAAAAGCAAGCUGAGCAAAAAAAGAAACAAGGACAUGAUCAGAAGGCUGCAGCCAAGGCUGCCUUGAUAUAUACCUGCACUGUCUGUAGGACACAAAUGCCGGAUCCCAAGACCUUCAAACAGCACUUUGAAAGCAAGCAUCCUAAGACUCCACUUCCUCCAGAACUGGCUGAUGUUCAGGCAUAAAGUUGUCUACAGGUGAAGUCAUGGCACCUAUUGACUCUUCUACUGUCAGACCUUACAUAACAAACCUGCAGCUGCUUUUCUAAAACUGUUGAUCAGCAAAAAUGAAGGGGCUACAGAAACGUUCAUAUUUUUAUGCUGUUCCCUCUUGGGCUUCACGCAAAGACAAUUCUGUGUAAAUGUACAGUUGUGCCCUCUUUGGAAAUCCUGAAAAAUCAGUCCAUACUUGUUAUAAAAAAAAAAAAUUUUUUACAAUUGUAAUUAUAUUGAUGUUCAUAUUGUGUAAAAUAACUCAUUUAAUAAAGUAGUACUUUGAUUUUACAAUAUCACA